GAUCGAUCGAUCGACCAUGCAGUUCGGCAAACCACAAGCUCAUGCCGCCGAUCCCCCGUCGCUGGCGCCGGAGGAUUCAUGGCGAUGCGGGCAUCGCGUGGCGAUCCGAGACAUCAACCGAGCCCAUGAUCUGAUGACCCAGCUGCAGGCUGUGUUACUUCAGUUCCCCGUCGGCUCCACCUGGUCGCAAUUGGGCGGCGACAUCAUCAAGGACAUACUGAAGCUCACCGCGUCGGCCCUCUCCGCCCUUCAAUCCAGCGAGGGGAUCGCCGGCGAGAAGAGGACUACUACUUGGGGAAGAAAGAAAAGGAGGAGGGUGGAGGAGGAGAAAUGGGCAGUCGUGACGACGGUGCCGUACGAGGAUGGUCGCCAGUGGCGCAAGUACGGACAGAAGGCCAUCAACAAUACUGAGCAUCCGAGGAGCUACUUCAGAUGCACAUACAAAGAGGAGCAAGGCUGCGAGGCCAAGAAGACGGUGCAGCAAGAGGACGGCCAUGCGGAUCCACCAAAGUUUACCGUGGAAUACACCGCUCGCCAUACCUGCAAAUUAUCCGAGUCGACAACAGGUCUCCCUUUUCAAAAGCUCUCUUGGCCGCUGCCGACCUCUGAUCGCCUGAUCACGUCCUCUUCGUCAUCGUCUUCUCCAUCGCUUGUAGCUGCUAGUACCGAUGCUAAAGUCGACGAUCAGAGCUAUGAGAAUGUCUUCUUCAAUGGGGAUCUUGAUAUGUCGCGGGCGAGGGCGGAUCCCCCUUCACAAUUACAGCUGAAUCGCAACUGCAAUCCGGCCGUAUUUGAUUGUGAUCCCUCCCCAGAUUCACAUUCUCAUUCGAAUUAUAGUUUGGGUUGGGACAGACGACCAAAAGUCGCUCGGAGGCCGCCCCUCGCUUGGCUCCCGACAGCCUGGACAUCCGCCCACCUCCAACAACCUCCGACUAUUUGUCCCAACUCAAACUAUAAUCUGAAUGAGAAUCCGAACCCAAGAAGAGAUCAUAGUCAAUUACAGUCAGAUUCCAUCCAUGAUCCGACCGUAAUUACGAAAGGAAUCAAAAGAGGAGUAUGGAAAAGUGAAUCAAAGGAUCCGCUCUCGCCAUGUGUGUGCACACAGGUGCAUGAUGAAAUGCUUGACGAUUGGGAUUGGGAUUGGGAGUUGGACAUGUUGUUUGGAGAUGAAUGAUUUCCAUGAAUGGUAUAACUAAUGCAAUUUAUAAAUAAAGAUGAUGAAUGCAUGCGUAGAUGUAAUGUAUGUGCGGUAAUAUUAGAAGCACAAAGUGGCUGCUUUUUUUGUUUA